CCGUAUUAUUAUUACUACCGUAAUCUUCGUCGUCUUCUUCUUUCCCCAAAACUCCGGCGAUCCAUUUUUAUCUCCUCCAUAUUCCUCCUCUAUUACGCGGUGGCGGCAACGACGGUGGUGGAUGGCAAGAACCAAUAAAUACACCUCUCUUAACUUCAACGACAUCUACGAAAAGAAAACGACCUCCGCCCAUAGACCCAACUCUGCGUCUUCUUCGUCUCCGACUUCCAACAAGACUGCUAUUUCCAACUCUCGAAUCCAUGGCCAUAUGCUUGUCCUGAGCCGCCCCACGCCCAAACCCAUCUCCAUACCUCAACCCCAGACCAAUCCAAUCAAGUUUCAGGGCCCAGAUACGUCGUUUUCAUCUCCGCCCCCGGAGAAAGCCCGAUCCGUCCCCGACUCGGACUCCAUUUCUCUCCGUCCCCAGGGACGAACGGGGUCUGGUCCGAAUAUUUCUUCGCCUCCGGUGACCUCCACCUCGCCUUUGCAGUCCCCGUUGCCGAAGUCUGACCGGUUCGUGCCGCCUCAUCUUAGACCUGGAUUUGUGGGCCGCGAAGAGAAGCCCGUGACGGGUGGAAGGGGCAGCGGCGGGCCGCAUCGUCCGGGAAACAUUGGGUCGUCGCCGAAUGCUUACGGGGAGAACGGCAGGCCUAAAUCGGGCGGCGGGUAUGAGAGAACGAUGGUCGGCGGUGAAGCUGAGUCUGCGAUCUUCAUGAACCGUCCCCGUUCCGGCGGGGCUCGGCCCAGAUCAAGUGGAUGAUAGCAUCAUAUGAAGUUGGUGGAGCUUGCUAAGCUCCAUCGGCCAACAACGAGGAUGAACAAUCAUCUUCUGGGAGGCCAAUGAAUCUCGACAACAAAAAUGGAGAGAUUCCUUCACUGUGAGAGGGAGAAGUGAGUUCAAAGUAGGAUUCUGAGCAGGUGGGCUCCUUUUGAUCUGCUGCAAUAACCCCAGGUGAUGGAUGAUGAAGAGGAAGCAUGCUUUGUUAAUCUGGUGUUAUAGGAAUCGGCUCAAGGAUGAAAGCCUAUCAGAUUUCUGUCUUUUCAUCGUCAUUUCCAUUUAUAUUUAGCUGCUUCUUUAUUAUCAAACUCUUUGUAGAAUAUUGUAUGAUCUUCCUCGUACUUGUUUACCUUCUGAAACUAUAAUGAACAGUGGAAUAUGUAAUUCAAAACCUUUGCUUUUCUUAACUCUUGGGCUGUGUUCUGGGUUACCAA